AUGCCCCCCCAAUCUUCUUCUGAUACAAUCCAGGCUGCUUUAAUCAUGGUCUCUACGGAAGAAUCCAAUGAAGCAAUUGUGUCGUCAAGAGACAAGAAAUCAAAGGGGCGAAGAAGGAAUAAACAAGAUAACGUUGCAACCCCCAGGAAGAGCAGGUUCCUAAAUGAAAUCGGAGAUGAGUUGAUGGAGCAGCUUCAUGCAACCCCCAAGAGUGAUGACAAUGGUGAUCUCAAAUCCUCGUGUGUUUCCGUCAUGGAUCACUUACGCAACAACUUAGCGCCAGCUGUGACGGCCUCCUCCUGCGCUAGCGUAGCAAGUCAUAGCAUACGGACGCUAGCCGGGUCGACUUGCACCCCGGCAACGAGUGUUGAUCUCCAUGAACCCUUGGGAGUCUCUCGCCCACAAGCUCGAACAGCGGUUGAUUCUUCCCACCCACACACCGAGUCCGAACCCAAGAAAGUCGAUCGAGACCAGGCGGCCGUGUUUAGCCUUGACGAUUUCACCACUAUGACAACCAUCGAGCGACUGGCUGCACAGCAUGGCCGAGUAGCACACAUGGGAAUUCUCGACCACAGCUACCGGUUCUUCGUCAACAAAUCGAGAACAGCAGCAUUGUCAUUCAAGGUUCAGAACGGAGUCGCAGUCAUUGGCGGGGACCCAUUAUGCAGCACAGAUGAAAUUCCUGAAUUGUUGGAAGAAUUCAGGGAGUAUCGACUGCGGUACAAUUGGAGUAUAGCAUUCAUGGGCGCCAGUGAAUCCUUCUUGCAUGACUAUGCCCACCCAAAUGGCUGGACGACAAUUCGUUUCGGCAUCGAGCGUGUCCUUAAUCCUCAAACAAACGACGUUCUUCUCGAGAACAGUGGGAAACGCAUGAUCACUCAAAACCGCCAACUCCUGAACCCAAACAAAGGUGGCAAUACCCUAGGCGUAUACGCCCCAGCCAUCCACGGCACAAAUCCCCACCUCCAAACCGAGCUCAUCGCCAUCUAUGAUGCCUGGCGCGCCGAGCGCAACUGCUCUGCCAGCCCGCAGGCCUUUAUCACUGUUUAUGAUCCAUUUGCCCUCCCCACUCUCAUGACAUUCAUAUAUACACGCAACGCAGACAAAAUCGUCAAUGGGUUCGCCGCGCUCAGGCACUUGGGCUCAGGUGGCUACCAUGUCGAUCCGUGCAUUGCAGCCCCGGGCAGUGCAAAGGGAAUCAGCGAUCUCCUCCUUAUCGCCGCAAUGGCACUCCUCAAUCGUGCCGGUGUGUCUUACCUCGGGUUCGGGUUCGAACCCCUACACGCCCUCGGCAGCGAAGAUGUCAUCGGCAUGCCGUCGCCUUUCGAGCGCUUCACCCGUGACCUGUACAGUCGUGCCUUUCAGCGUUUACCAAUUGGUGGAAAGAAGGCUUACCAUGAUAAACUCCGCCCGGAUUCCACUCAGGACUCCGCCCUAUAUCUUGUGUUCCCGCCUGGCGUCCCGGGUCCGCGGCACUUGCUGGCGAUGGCACAUAUGGCAAAUAUCAGCUUGCGGAAGAUCAUGUGGGCAGACGUUAGAAGUUGGAUGAUCUCUCACAGGUCGAAAGUGGAUGCCUGGUGUAGUGGGUCGUUCCACGGUACGACGGGCGCUUUAUUUUCAAAAAGGUCCAAAGGUACGGCCACUAACGAGUCGUCCACUUCUGAGCCUGUGAAUGGCAACUCGGCUGCUCAGAAGGCUGCAGCUAAAACCUCUAAUGAAUGGCCUAACCGUCAGUCUGUCAAUGACGUUUCAGUUGCGACCAAACCUAACGGCAACCUCCCUGAUGAAUCUCUCACCUCUGAGACUGUGAAAGUGCCAUAA